AUGUUGAGUAGUAUUUUCCAAAACGAGAGAUUCUAUAGCUAUGGGACUGUAGAUGAUCACAGCUUGGAGAAUUUAGUGAAGCAAUAUGGAGAUGAAGAGGCGGUAGAGGUAGCUAUGGAUAUGGAUAUCGAUUCUUAUGGCCGCGGGAAGAGUUCUUCUGCUGAUGAUACUGCUCAUGCAGACUAUGUUGCAUAUGGGAGCGAGGUCGAAUAUACGAGUUUAGAUAACUUGUAUCAUGAUAAUACACCACAAUUUUGUUCAUGUGGUGAUGAGUUGAAAAGAGUUGUUUCUGUCAAAUCCCCCCAAAAACCAUUUCAGAUUCUUAAGAAGUAUGCAAGCAGGUGCAGAAGAUUAAAUGGUGAGAAUAUGACUUUCGCAAGUUAUGAAAGAGAAAGUCAAAUGAUUUUCAGCCCAUCUGUUGAGACUUUGAUUCAGUUAGGUGCUGAGAAGUUCAUCAAAUCAUCCUCCAAAGUGAGUGAUGAACUCUCUGUGCUCUGCCACCCAUAUCCGAGCUCGAUUCUGUGCCACUCUGGAGAGGAUUGUGAAGGAGUUCGCCUCGUGGAGACCCUGCUAUCAUGCGCGGAGAAAGUGGACAAGAAGCAGUACGAGGAGGCGUGCGAGCUUCUGCUCGAGUGUGAUAGAAUGAGCUCUGCUACAGGCAGUGUGAUCCAAAGAUUGGUGUUCUAUUUCGCUGAAGGUUUGUAUGAGAAGAUUGAUAGGGAAACGGGGCAAAUCACGCCAAAAGGUUUGGGGAAGAAGGUCGAGGAUCCUCUGAUUGCCGUGAGGAGCCCGGAUGAGACCACGAUGGCGUUUCACAAAGAGCUGCCUAUCUCUCAGAUCACCAAAUUUGCAGGGAUUCAAGCUGUGGUGGAUAAUGUAGGUGAAGCAAGGAAGGUACAUUUCAUUGAUUUUGAGAUUAGGAAAGGUAUACAUUGCAUUAUUUUGAUGCAAGCUCUUGUGGAUAGAUGUGGGGUUCCAAUAGAGUGUCUCAGGAUUAGCGCUGUAUGUGUUGGGGGGGAGAUGAGGGCGAGUGUUGAGGCAACAGGCAGGCGACUGGUCAGUUCUGCUCAGUCGUUGGGCUUGUCGUUCUCUUUUGAUGUAGUCAUGGUGGAGGAUUUGUUAGAGCUCAAUGAAAAAUGUUUUCAGAUAGACAGAGAGGAAGUUGUUUCAGUCUACGCGGAGUACACUCUGACCCACAUGAUCGGACGGCCAGAUAGGCUGGAACACGUGAUGAAGGUGAUGAGAAGCCUUAGCUUUCGUGUGAUGGUGGUUGCUGAAGUGGAGACGAAUUGCAACUCUCCAAUUUUUGUGGACAGAUUUGUGGAAGCUCUCUUCUUCUACGGCGCUUACUUUGAGUCCAUGGCGGAUUGUGUGAGGAAUGUGGAGCAGAGAUGCAUUGCUGAAGCCACAUGCUUUGGUUCAUCGAUAAGGAAUGUGGUUGCGACUGAGGGGAGGGAGAGGAAGAUCCGGCAUGUGAGGAUGAGUGUUUGGAGGUCCUUUUUUUCGCGUUUUGGGUUUGAGGAGACGGAGUUGAGUAUGUCCUCGGUGUAUCAGGCGAACCUCGUGGUGAAGAACUUUGCUUCUGGAAGCUUCUUCACUUUCGGUAUCGAUGGGAAGAGCUUGAUCAUUGGGUGGAAAGGGACACCAAUGAGUUCUAUCUCUGCAUGGAGGUUUAGUGUGCCCGAUAACUAUGAUAAUCCUAUGUAG